GCAAUAAUAAUAACAACAACAAAAUAAACAAUACGAUAUGCUCUCAAGAUAAAAACGUUGCAGCAUCGUGUCUUCAUCAUUUUGUAAAAAUGAUCAAUGAUCCCUCCUCAUCUGCAAAGAACCACCACCAAACACAAUCGGCACAGAAUUCGCUCGAAAUUAAUGUAGACCAUCAUCAUCAUCAUCACCAUCAUCAUCAUCAACAACAACAGGAGCAAAUGCAGCAGGAAAUCGAUAGUUUAUCCUCGACAAUUUCUUCUCCAAAACCAAACCAGGUGAGCACUGUUUUACUGUAUGGGAUUCCAAUUGUUUCGCUGUACAUCGAAUCUCAGGAACGAUUAUGCCUAGCUCAAAUCUCGAAUACACUUCUAAAGCAAUUCAGUUACAAUGAAAUACACAAUCGGCGUGUGGCACUUGGCAUAACAUGUGUCCAAUGUACACCGGUGCAGCUGGAAAUUCUGCGAAGAGCUGGAGCAAUGCCAGUUAGCUCAAGACGUUGUGGCAUGAUAACCAGACGUGAAGCUGAGCGUCUUUGUAAGUCAUUUUUGGGCGACAACACACCACCACGGUUGCCGGAUGACUUUGCGUUUAGUGUUCAUCACAAAUGUGCAUGGGGAUGCCGCGGUUCAUUUUUACCUUCGAGAUAUAAUUCUUCACGAGCAAAAUGCAUCAAGUGCUCCUAUUGUGGGUUGUUCUUUUCGCCGAACAAAUUUAUAUUCCACUCGCACAGAAUCGGACCAGGUGAUAAGUAUGUUCAGCCUGAUGCAGCUAAUUUUAAUUCAUGGCGACGUCAUAUGAAACUAAGCGGUAAUCCGCCUGAAGAAAUCACUCACGCUUGGGAAGAUGUCAAGGCGAUGUUUAACGGUGGCACUCGGAAACGCUUGAUGACCUCUUCAACGUCGAGUUCGUCGUCAAGCUCAUUGAAAACAACAACUGUGGCAGCCGUGACAAGAGCUGCCAAAAAUUCUGCAUCAUCUUCUACGUCAUCAUCGUCUUCUUCAUCCUCGAUAGCUGCUCAGUCUCCGAAGCGUUUAAAAGAAACUUCUUCACCGGGCCGAACAAAUGCAAUAAAUUCACAUCAAGUUGGGCAGUUUUCUUUGAGGCCCUCACUCAAUGUACAUCAUCCGCACCAAGCAAGCGGUUGCAAUACUCCAUUAGUGACAAAUCAAAUAUCAUCAUUGCCUAGCAGUACACCAUCAACGGAUAUAACUUUGCCGUUUUCGAGACAUUUUAUGAUGGACUACAUGUGGCAUACACAUGCUCAAAGUAAAUCCUCAGUCAACAGCCACCUUCACUUUUCAAACUACUCCCUUCCUUGGAUAAAAGGCAAUGCUGGAUCGUUGAUAUUUGGAAAUGCUGUCAAUCAAAGUUCCCAUGUGACAAAUAGCCCCAUUGAGGAUCAGACCUUAACUAUUUCUAUCAACUCGUCAUCUGAUCCGUCAUCGUCGGCUUUAAUCCGAAAGAAUACAUCCCCAUCGAUUUCAAAGUUUGCCUCUCCGCCGGAACAUACAUAUCCUCCUCCAGCAUCAGCAUCAGGUCAUGUUGCUGAAGUGAAAAGCCUUACCGGACUGUAUAAUAAUUCAGCUUUCAAGCCUGUUAUACAACUCAACCGAACGACAGCGUCUUAUUCAGCGGCUACAACAUCUUUAGCUUUAGAAACAGUAGCUGCAGUAGCAGCGGCUGCUGCGGCAGCUGCCGCAACUUCUUACGACAACGAACAUAAAGCCUUGGGCCGAACUUCUACUUCAUCGAUUACGGCCAACAAUAAUACGAUGUCAUUCAAACCAUUACCAACUUCGUCACAAAUUAAAGAAUCGUAUUCAUCGGACGAUGAAAUGGUUGAUAUUGAAACAACUGAAGAUGAAGAAAAGCUUUUUGAUGUUAGCGAACAACAACAAAGAAUUCAAAAAUUAACCCGCAUGAAUGAUGACCAUCAUCACACUGAAGCAGCUUUUCUCGUUGAUGCACCAAUAGAAGUGGAUAACUCGAAUGACGAGAUUUCUUGGAAAGGACUUAAAAAAGAGCAGCCUAUAACUCCGCAACAAGACACCACCUGCAGAAUGCAAACUCCUACUUCUUCAUUAAUAUCUCAUUCACCGGCAUCGUCUAUCACAAGCGAACACCAUGUCUCCUACCAAUUAUCCAACAAAUCAGCAUCCAGCACACCCGAUAUAAUCUUAUCAGCAUCACCAGCUUCUUCGAAUUCAACAAGUCUCAAUUUACAAAAAACCAGCAGUCCCGAGCAGCAGCAGAGAAAUGUAGCAGCAGCUAUUGUCUCGGCCUUCAGUCACAAUCAACAUCAUAAUCAUCAUCACCAUCAUUUGCAUCCUCAUCACCAUCAUCAUCAUCCUCAUCAAUCACCAACAACGCACCACUCAGUUCGCCUACCAUUACCGCAGCCAACAGUCACCACAUCAAUUGCCAAUGGUACAACAUCAUUAAUGAGUGGCCAUUUGGCAUCAGAUAUUAAUAGCAAUAGUGUUCAAUUUGGAUCAAUCGGUAAUAAUCCAUCAUCGAAUAAGACCAGUCCGUUUCUAGUAAACAGCAAAACCUCGUCGAACAACAAUGAUGGCAACAAUGCUGGUUCAUCAACAUCAGUAAGAAAUGCUGCCGUUGUUUCACCAACAGCAUGUGUCAACAACGAAUUCUGGAGCGUUGCUCGAUUAUCAUUUAAUCGGCCCAACAACGAUUAUAGCCAGCAUCAUAAUGUACCAAUCACAGCGACAUUCCAUAGACACAAUCAUGACAUAGCGAAGCAUUUUCAAGCUUUUCGUAAUCACGGGCAAGAAACGCCAACUCAAACUAAUGGAGUUGGUUAAUUUUUCUUUUGUUUUCUUUUCUUAAAUAUAC